AUGGACCGCGGGGUACAAGUUCAAAUUGACGAUACUAACGGGGAAAUGAACUCGGACUAUCAAAUGAACCAGUCCAGUUUCGGUGUGGAUAUCAAUCCGGAACAGUUUGAAAUGACAAAAACAUCCUCCGCCUAUCCCGUUUUGGAUAGAACAGAUGACGAGCUCGUCUCAGACCAGAUGCGGAUGGGUCAAUCGGACGAGAUAGAACGGCGUAAACGAUCUCUUGAGGAAGUGUUUCAGGAGAUUGAGCCCGCGGAAAAUUCACUUAUCUCAAAACUAAGCUUCAUCCUGUCUCAGGGUAAGUGUUAUGUAUUUGAGUUGGACUAG